CUACCCCCACCCCCCACCCUCACCCUCACUCCUGCCCUCAACGUCCAGCAGGGAGGCGAGGAAAGGCGGUACCAUGACGGAGAGGUGAGGGUUCUCAUACCGGCUCCAUUUUACCGGGAACACAACCCACCGAGACGGCACCGCCACGACAUCGGCUUCCCUGAUGAUGAUGAUGAUGAGGAUGAGGAAGAGGAGGGAUGCAGCAACACAUGGAGUCCAGGGCCGGAGGAGGAAGAGGAGGAGGAGGAAGGGGAGGAGGAAGGUGCAGGAGUAGCUGCCCGUUGUGUCCCGGGGCCUCCCGGUGUCGUUACCGGCUGUAGUAGUGGUGGCGGUGUGUUCGGUAACGUGAGGAGGGAGCCGGUAGACCCAGUGGAUCUGGUGUCUGAAGAGGAAGAGCAGCAGCCAUAUCCAGCCCUCGCCCCUGUAGUCUUCUUCUGCGUCAAACAGACGACACGUCCUCGCAGCUGGUGUCUACGCACGGUCUGUAACCCGUGGUUCGAGCACGUGUCCAUGAUGGUGAUCCUCCUGAACUGUGUGACUUUGGGGUUGUACCAACCCUGUGAAGACGUCACCUGUCAGGCAGAGUGGUGCCUCGUGCUACAGGUGUUUGAUGACUGUAUCUUUGCGUUUUUCGCGGUGGAGAUGGUCAUUAAGAUGGUGGCUCUGGGGAUCUUCGGUUCUAAGUGUUACCUUGGCGACACCUGGAACCGACUGGACUUCUUCAUCGUCAUGGCAGGGAUGAUGGAGUAUUCUCUAGACGGACACAACGCUAGUCUGUCAGCUAUCAGAACCGUGCGAGUGCUUCGGCCGCUGCGGGCUAUCAACAGAGUCCCUAGUAUGCGUAUCUUGGUAACUCUGCUCCUAGACACUCUCCCCAUGCUGGGUAACGUCCUGCUCCUCUGUUUCUUCGUCUUCUUCAUCUUCGGCAUCGUCGGCGUGCAGCUGUGGGCGGGGCUACUGAGAAACAGGUGCUUCAUGGGAGAAGACUUCAGAACGCUCUAUAACCUGUCGUUA